UUCCUCACUCAUAGGACAAGCAUCGCAGCCAGACACCUGGUAGUGCUUACCAGUCAGCUGGCUCAUGGCCGGUCUCUAUGGUCUGCGCGAAAAAGGACACUCACUUUGGAGUGGACUCGAGGCGUAGUUGGGUGACCGCGGUGUUCCUAAGCCUCACAUUGGCCGCAGUGCUCAUUGGCCAGCAUUCGGUGGGCGUGCUCUUCUACGGAAUCGUUCACACGUACGGAUGUCAGCAGGAAGGAUGCAUCGUUACCACUUUUGCUGUGCCAGAGUCUUUCUUUCUUGGCAGGUCCGGUAAUGGGAUAUCUUUGCAGCCGUUUUUCCUGUCGAAUGGUGCUGCUUGUUUCUACAUUUGCGGCAGGUGCCACAGUCUCCAGCUGCGUCUUCGUGGACAAUAUCGUGUAUUUAAACAUCCUAUUUGGCAUUGUCUACGGAGUUGCAGCAUGUGGCGUCCACGUUGGCGCUAACGUCCUUGUUUCCCAACACUUUGAAAAACGAAGGGCUACAGCGUGCAGCAUCAUUUACACGUCUCUUGGCAUCAACAGCUUGUACUUACCUCCACUGGCUGAGUUUCUUCGAGUUACGUACGGGAUCCGAGGCACUUUCCUGUUGCUGGGUGGUCUGAUCCUCCAUUCAUUGCCUCCCGCGCUCGCCGUCCGAAGCCCGGAGUGGGCGAAACCAAGGAGGCAGUCCUCUGGAAGUGCAGUGACACAGCCUGAAAUGAACGCUGAAGUGGCUCCAAAUAAUCUACUUUUGCCUGAAAACGGUAAGCAAGGUUGCCACAAUCCUGAUGACCACGAAGAAGAGUUCACAGAAUUACCACACGUACAAACCAGCAGUUCGUGCAUCAACGACCUUCCAUCGCUCAACUCGACCAACACAUCAGGAGACAAGACAUAUAUGAGAAAAGCAACCUUGAAUACAAUAACGAGAGAGUUUAUUAGCACGCCGUUCGUGGUUAACGCCGUAUCGUUCACGAUAAUUACCCUAGGGUUAUCUGCGUUUCUUUUGUUGUCAGUGGAUAUUGCCAAGGACAAAGGAAUUGCACCAUCCAGUGGCGUUUUUUUACUAAACGCUUUUGCAGUGACGGACAUUGUGAUGAGACCACUAAGCGGCCUUGCAAUCGACUCUGGUGUUUUGUUACUGGAAAGCGUCAUGCUAGUGGGAUACCUUCUUCAAUCUCUCGUGCUAGAGCUGUUCGUGUUGCUGGACUCUUUCCCGGUCAUGCUGGCUUUGUCCGCGUUAUUCGGAAUCAGUAACGGAUUGAGAAUUACCCUGCUCAUGCCUUCUCUCACGAAACACUUUGGAGUUGACCGAAUGCCCUUAGUGCUCGGUGGAGUCGGCUUCUGGAUUGGUGUCACACUCAUUACGGGACCAUUUUUGGUUGGUUACUGGCGAGAUCGUUUGGGAUCAUACGAUGGCCUUCUUCAUUUCAUGGCAGCACUGAAUGCUGCACUAGCCAUUAUCUGGGCUGCAAAGCUUUGUUUACAAAGACGACAAAAGCCACUUUUACGGCAUAAAUAA